CGGGGAAGGAGCCGGAAGUCCAGCGGGCUCCGGGCGUCGAGAUGGAGGAAGGCGAGUACGAGUCGGUUCUCUGUGUCAAGCCAGAGGUCCACGUCUACCGCAUCCCGCCGCGGGCCACCAACCGUGGUUACAGGGCUGCGGAAUGGCAGCUGGACCAGCCAUCAUGGAGUGGCCGGCUGCGGAUCACUGCAAAAGGGCAGGUGGCUUACAUCAAGCUGGAGGACAGGACCUCAGGGGAGCUCUUUGCUCAGGCCCCAGUGGAUCAGUUUCCAGGCACAGCUGUGGAGAGCGUGAUGGAUUCCAGCAGGUACUUCGUUAUCCGCAUCGAAGAUGGAAACGGGCGACGGGCGUUUAUUGGAAUUGGCUUCGGGGACCGAGGUGAUGCCUUUGACUUCAAUGUUGCCUUGCAGGACCAUUUCAAGUGGGUGAAACAGCAGUGUGAAUUUGCAAAACAAGCUGAGAACCCAGAUCAAGGUCCCAAAUUGGACCUAAGCUUCAAGGAGGGCCAGACCAUCAAGCUCAACAUUGCAAACAUGAAGAAGAAGGAAGGAGCAGCUGGGCCUCCCCGAGCCCGGCCCGCCAGCACAGGAGGACUGAGCCUGCUUCCCCCUCCCCCAGGGGGGAAAACCUCCACCCUGAUCCCUCCCCCUGGGGAGCAGUUGUCUGUGGCGGCAUCCAUUGUCCAGCCAGCAGUUGCUCCCAGUUCAGACUUGGAGACAUCAAUUGGAGGUGCCACUGUGUCCUGGCCGCAGCCCAAGCCUGCCGCUACUGCCACCGCCGACAUCUGGGGAGACUUUACCAAAUCCACAGGAUAUCUGAAAUCUCCCACCCCUCCCUAUCUAACCUUUCCAGGUCCACCUCCAGCCAGACUCAGCCAGGCACAGGCUGGGUCCAGUUCUGACCUGAGCACAACUCCUUUUCCUCACACAACUUCUGGAAAGGAGCUGCCUCAUCUGGGCAGAAGGAAGGAGGAUGAAGCACUCCCUGGCCAGCCUCUGUUUGGAGCAUGACUCUCUCCUCUCCUCUUCCUUGCCUGAACUCGCCUGACAGACUGGGCGUGUCAGGCAGUAAAUGGGCACCAUGUCGCGCUGUUUCCUGGGAUUCGAGCGUGCAGCCAGAACACGGGAGAAGAGUUGCAGGAUCCCUGUCCCUGUCUGUCUUCUUGACUUGAGAGAGACUCUGAGACUUCUUCCAUCGCAAAGACUCGUGUUAAACACAAGCCCCUGAAGCAAAAGAAGGGGUCGAGUGUGCUGCCUGGAUUCAGAUCACCCCUUCUCGGGGGGUUACAGGUGUCAUGUGAUCAGUGUCUGGAGGGGGGCUUUCCUCACUCCCAUUGGCUGUAGCCAUUCCAGUCAGGUGCCUUAAGAGGAGGGAUUCCUUCCUGAUUUCUAGCAGGUUUAUAGGCUGCAGCUUGGACAGAUAAUCAGGAGGGAAAUCAAGAGUAUUAUCCAGACUUUUAAGAUUUUUUUGAUACUUGCUUUGCUAACAUGCUGAUCUGCACUAACUCAUUGUCUUUGCAAAAGGCUUGCUUCUGUAGUCUGCGCCCGCAGGGGCCUCUGAAAGCAUUCCUCACUGUCAGUCGCAGGAGCUGCUCCGAGCCCCAGGAAGCAGUGUUCAUCUCGGCUAUGGGGCCUGGUUUCCGUGUUUGCCGGGCCGGGCAGACGCUGGAAACCAGGUGCGACAGUGUUUGCGCUGGAAAGUGGCAGCUGUUCUCAUGCAGGUGGGGCUUUGGCCUUCCCGUUCGCUGGCAGCUCUCUGGGCUCACAGUGCAGUUCCUGGCGCACUUGGGUUUUCUCCUGGGUGGUUUCUGAAGUGCCUUGUCUGCAGACAACCUCUUACUUUCUUUUCUUCUUCAGGGACUGUACAUGAAAGACAGAAGGAGUUCUGAAGCAACUGGAAGUCUAGAGUUGCCUGGUUUAUAAGAAAUAAUUUUAUAAGAAAUAAUUUUAUCUGAGCACAACCUCUAAAAUUGCUUUUAUCGACGUACGUUACCUCUUAAUUGAAAGAUUUCUUUUUUUGAAGGGUCAAGAUGAUGAACUGAAAAGAAGUGUUAGCCCCUUUGUGGGACCAGAUUUCUAAGAUGAAAAAUAAAUAUUUCUACUCUGUCAGUGUACAUCAGAGAUGGCAGUGUUUUUGGCAGCAUGGCUGCCAAACCCUCCAGGAUGCCUCAGCCACCUCUCACCACUGAGCAUUUGUCCAGACUUAAAAGUCUAGGGCCAUGGUGACAGAUUGGCCAAAAUAGGGGAAUUUGGCCCUCUUGCCCUAAGGCAACCAGCAAUUUCCCUUCCACAUAGAAGAGACAGUCUUUCUGCCAUUCUGGGACAUUCUGGGCUCCUUGCCUUCUAAUGUGGGAGGAGAGUCCUGCCUCCCACCAAGACCUCCCCAUAGAAGCAUCUUCCUAAAUAGUAAGGGUAUCUGGGCACACAGAGGCCAAAAAAUAAGAUAAAGGCCUUGGUGCUUGUCAUGUCUGGGUUCUGUAAGAAAGAUGCAUUUUUGUUGUUGGUUAUAGAAAUGGCCACUCUGGCUAAUAAACUGUCUAAGGGAGGACAAAGAAAAUUGGAAUUGAGGAUCCUCAUGUCCUUUGAAUAAGGAAAAGGAAAUUGCAUCAAGGGAUUCUCAGGAGUGGUAAACUUCUUUGUGUCUGCUUCCCAUUACUCCCUAUCUUCUUUAUAAGUGCUUAGAGGCUAGAAAAGAGGAAGCUUAGAGUUAGAGGAGAGCCUUAACCAGAAGCAUAUACCAUUGAAGGUAAGCCCUUGGGUCCUGCAGACAGACCUGGGCUUUGAUCUAGGUUGUCUACUGGUAAAUGUGUGACCACAGGCUCCUUAAGCCAAGUGUCACUCAGAUGAGGCAUAUGAAGCACUAGCGGGUGCCCAUCCUAUAAUUUGACCUUAAUCACCUUGAUGUAGAAUCAGGUAACGCAUCCAGAACCAUUACUCAUAAUGGUGCUGAUAAGGCAGCUGAUGAAGAAACAGCAGUCACAAAAUCUAACCUGAAAAGCACCUUGAGGGGUCUCUGGUGGGCAGGGGAUAGUCUGGUGCUCUCCAUCACCAACUGGAAUCCCAGCUAUGGGACCAGGGUCCCCAGGAAAACUCCCAGUACCAAACCAGGCAUCUCUUCAUUUACACCCUUGACUGGAGCUUCCAAAUUGGUGGGGUGGGGGUAAGAGAUGGGUGUUGGGUUUCGGGAUUUUGAGACCUGAGCUGCUCUCUGUGCAGCAGGAGGACUUGGACACAUUGAGGUGGCAGGCGGACUACAGCAAGAUGUUUCCAUGAUUAAAUGACAUGGCAUUGCAACAUCUGUCGUGCUUUAAAGAAACCACCUGCCAUGUUGUGUGAGUUGCCCUAAUCCGAGGGUCACAGUGUCAAGGUGGCAAAAGUAGCCUCUGCCGAUAGCCAACAAAUAGCUGAAGCUCAGGGCAGCGGUCUGCAUGGAACCGGAUGCUACCAAAACCACCUGAGCUGGGAAGCAGAGCCUUCCUCAGUUGAUCCUCGGAUGAGCCCCGCCUGCCAGCACUGUGAGUGCAGCCUUACAGAGGACCCAGCCAAGUUGUGCCCAGACUCCUAACCCCCGGAAACUGAGUUAGUAACUGUGUUUCGAGCUGCCAAGAUGGUAAUAUCAUUAGGCAGCAAUAGCUAACUAAUACAAGAGGUGAGUGAAGGGCAUUGGAGAUGGGAGUCAGUGUGAGAAAAGAGUCUGGACAGGAACCUCCCUGGUCAUGCAUGGUUAAGAGUCCGCCUGCCAGUGCAGGGGACACGGGUUCGAGCCCUGGUGUGGGAAGAUUCCCAUGUGCCGUGUAGCAACUGAGCCCAUGCGCCACAACUACUGAGCGUGCACUCUAGAGACUGUGAGCCACAACUGCUGAGCCUAUGUGCCACAACUACCGAAGCCCGUGCGCCUAGAGCCCAUGCUCUGCAACAAGAGAAACCACCAAAAUGAGAAGCCUGCGCAUCGCAAUGAAGAGUAGCCCCUGCUCGCCGCAACCAGAGAAAAGCCCGCGUGCAGCAACGAGGACCCAACACAGCAAAAAAUUUAAAAAAUUUUAAAAAGAAUCCUCCUGCCAAUGCAGGGGCACGGGUUCGAACCCUGGUCCAGGAAGAUCCAACGUGCGAUGGAACAGCUGAGCCCCUGCACCACAGCUACUGAGCCUGAGUGCCACAGCUACUGAAGCCCAAGCGCUUAGAGCCUGUGCUCCGCAACAAGAUAAGCCACCGCAAUGAGAAGCCCGCGCACCACAAUGAAGAGUAGCCCCUGCUCACCGCAACUAGAGAAAACCCGGGAACAGCAACGAAGACACAAUGCAGCCCAAAUUUUUUUUUUAACGUGGACAGAUUUAAUGGCUGUAUGGCCUUGGGAGGUCACUUAACCUGCUCCUUGGGGGCCUCACUUUCCCUGUAUGUGGACAGCAACUAUUGCUUAUGUGCUGCUUACUCUGCACAAGGCACUGUUCUAUGCACUUAACAUAAAAUUCAUUUCAGGCGGUCCAGUGGUUAAGACUCCUCGUCCCCACUACAGGUGGCACGGGUUCGAUCCCUGGUCAGAGAACUAAGAUCCUGCAAGCCGUGCGGCCAAAAUAAAUAAAUAAUUUUUAAGAGUCAUUUCAUUGUCACAACGGCCCUAUGAGAUAGAUACUCAUCCCUGUUUUACAAGUGAUGAGACUGAAGCACAGUGAGAUUAUGUAAUUUGCCCAAAGUCACAUAGCUGCUAAGUUGGAACCCAGGCAGCCUGGCUCUAGCAUCCAUGCUUUUAAUCAGGUUGAUCUUGAGUGGUGCUGCUGACAGGGCUGGCACCUAAGACCUGCCUAAUACAUGGAAGUUCCCAUUCCCUCCAUGUGGAUUAAGAAAGCCCUAAUAUGGGGGCUUCCCUCGUGGCACAGUGGUUGAGAGUCCGCCUGCCGAUGCAGGGGACACGGUUCGUGCCCCGGUCCGGGAAGAUCCCACAUGUCGCAGAGCGGCUGGGACCGUGAGCCAUGGCCGCUGGGCCUGCGCGUCCGGAGCCUGUGCUCCGCAACGGGAGAGGUCACAACAGUGAGAGGCCCGCGUACCGCAAAAGAAAGCGUCCCUAGUAUGGCAGGUGUUUAAUGACAGACCAAGGGGUGGGGCUUUAUUCCAUAGGUAAUUGGAAACCACUGAAAUGCAUUAUAGACACACAGUAGGUGCUCAAUAUCUGUUGAUUUCUCUGAGCAAGGAAUGACAGGAAUAUACCAUCCUCUGUGGGCAGAGUAGACCUGAUUAUGGGUGUGUAAUGCAAUAAGAAAACAGAAAAACACAAUAUUAACAAGCAAAUGUAAUAUUAUCAUAGCAAAGACUGGAAAUAGCCUACACGUCUAUAUUAGUUACCUAUUGCUGGGUAACAAUCACCCCAAAACUUAGCUUAAGACAUUUCUUGUCUGACACCUGGACUGCAGCCUGUGAGAGGUGUGGAGACAAUACCCAGCUAAGCUGCACCUGGAUUUCCCACCCACAGAAACUGAGACAAUAAAUGUGUUAAGCUGCUAAGUAUUGGGGGUGAGGUGUAGACGUGCUCUCUUUCACAUAAAAUGGGAAGGGGAAAAUAUACUUUAUGUGCAUAAAAUAUCUGGAAAGAUAUAUAUAGGAAACAGCACCACACAGGUUGCCUGCAGGGAGAGACUGGGUGACUAGGAGACAGGGAUGGGAGGGAUACUUACUUUUACUUUACAAUGUUCUGCACUAUUUGAAUUCGAACCAUGUAAAUGUACCAUCUUUUCAACAAAAGAAAAUCUAUGUUUAAGAGGUCAUCUGUCAUCCUAACACCUAAAGAUAGCAUGGUUAACGUUUUAGUGUCUUCUCAUGUUUUUCCUAUUAUA